AUGGCAGAAGACAGCCAGGAUUCUAAACCAACUGAGCAAGAUGUGGACAAGGAAUCAAAAAAGAACUCAAACGGAACACCAGAUGCUGCUGUGCCGGAGCAACACCAAGAAAACUGUACAUCUAAUGAUCCACAGGAAAGCCAUGCAUCCGAAGAAAAUACAUGUAAUCCUGAGAAGCUUUGCCCAGGGCAGAUGAUCAUCUUGGUAAUUUUGAUGUACUCUUUGCUUGGAAUUCAAUCAUUCAUUACCUGUGUUCAGAUCCCAUAGUUUUGAGUUCCUCUAGUAGCAAUUACAGUGCUGUACAAGCACGUUUCACUAUAGUAUGUCAUCAUUAAAGGGACACUAUAGGCACCCAGACCACUUCAGCUCAUUGAAAUGGUUUGGGUGCUGUGUCCCUAUUGCACUUUGUGCAAUGUAAAACAUUUCAGUUCCAGAAAAACUGCAAUGUUUACAUUGCAGCACUAAGUCUGCCUUCAAAGUCGGUCUAACAGACAGCCACGAGGCAGCUUUUUUUUGGAUCGAAAUGGACAUUUGGUCCGGUAUCUGACGCUGGAUGUCCUCAUGCUCUGCAUGAGGAAAUCCAGUGUAAAAUUUUCCCCAAAGGAUAUCAUUGUUUAAAAGCUUUUCUAUAGGAAGGUUUAAUGUGCGCGUGGCACAUGCAUUAGUGCCCGCUUGUCGCUGGAUUUCAGAGGGGGGCGGAGCGUUUUUAAUACUUUAUUUACCGGGUGGUGGGAGGAGGGGGGAGGCAGGAGGAGUGAUAGUGCCAGGAAUACAGCUUUGUAUUCCUGACACUAUAGUAUCCCUUUAAUAUGACAAGGUACAGCAUAAAAUAACAUCCCUUUAAUAAAUGGCACAGCUACAGGGGGAUUCUACUGGAUGUGACUAUCGUCUAGGAAGUCAUUUCUGUCCGUACUCCCACCUCUGAUGCUCGCCUUCAGGAUUUCUCGAGGGCUGCACCGUUCCUGUGGAACUUGCUUCCCUCCUGCGUUAGCUGCUCACCCAGUCUCCACUCCUUCAAAAAAUCGUUAAAAACCCACUUCUUCAUAAAAGCGUAUCAAUUAAACUGUUAAUAGCUCCUGGCUGAUUCCUCUUCUGCAACUGUCACUAGUCUAAUACUAUCCUUACAUUUUUGUGUCAUUUUACUCCACUCCCUCUAGCAUGUAAGCUCAUUGAGCAGGGCCCUCAACCCCUCUGUUCCUGUGUGUCCAACAUGUCUGUUCGUCCACCCAUUGUAAAGCCCUGCGGAAUUUGACGGUGCUCUAUAAAUAUCAUUAUAAUAAUAAUUCACAAUGUUUAGAAUAGGGAUCGACCGAUUAUCGGUCUGGCCGAUAUUAUCGGCCGAUAUUUGGUAUUUUCGGCAAUAUCGUAUCGGCCAAUUCAGAUACCGAUAUUGCCGAUAAUAUAUAACAGGAGCGCCGGGCCCAUUACAAGCCCGGCGGUCCUGUGGGGGCCAGCAGCAAGCGCUGACUUACCUUGCAUGCAGCUCCUACAGCUCUCUGUGUAAAUCUCGCGAGACCCGCGGCCGCAGAGCGUUGCCACGGGUUACCAUGGCAACGCUCCGCGCGGCACUAAGAGCCGCGAGAUUUACAUAGGGAGCUGUAGGAGCUGCUUGCAAGGUAAGUCAGCGCUUGCUGCUGCUGAGCCACCACUGUACUUAACAAGCCACUGGACCACCAGGGGAUACUAUAUCCCCCUCCCUGGUAAGAAGCAGGGAGGGGGGACUAAACAAAAAAUAAAAAAAAACAUUUCAAUAUUAAAAAAAAUAUUAAAAUAAAAAAUUACACAAAUUACAUCACUACACACACACACACACACUGCACACAUACUGCAUUACAUACACACUACACAAACACACACUGGGGGGGGACUAAACAAAAAAAAACAUUUAAAUAUUAAAAAAAAUAUUAAAAUAAAAAAUUACACAAAUUACAUCACUACACACACACACUGCACACAUACUGCAUUACAUACACACUACACAAACACACACUACACAAACACACACUGGGGGGAGACUAAACAAAAAAAAACAUUUAAAUAUUAUAAAAAAUAUUAAAAUUAAAAAUUACACAAAUUACAUCACUACACAAACACACACACACACUACACAAACACACACUGCAUUACAUACACACACUACACAGACAGACACUACACACACACCACAAACACACACUGCACACAUACUGCAUUACAGACACACUACACUGCACACACACUGCAUUACAUACACACACUGCAUUACAUACACACUACACAAACACAGUACACAUACUGCAUUACAUACACACACACUACACAGGCACACUGCAUUACAUACACACUACACAAACACACACUACACAAACACACACUGCACACAUACUGCAUUACAGACACACACUGCACACACUACACUGCAUUACAUACACACACUGCAUUACAAACACAGUACACAUACUGCAUUACAUACACACUACACAGACACACACACUGCAUUACAUACACACUACAUUACAUACAUACACACUACACAAACACACACACACUGCAUUACAUACACACAAAAACACACUGCAUUAUACACACACACUACAUAAACACACUGCAUUAUAUACACAGUACACACACUGCAUUAUAUACACACACUCUGCAUCCACUACACACACACACACACUACACAAACACACAGUUCCCCUGUCUAAACACACUUCAUCCACUACAUGUGGCAUGUAUAUUUUGUGCAUUUACCUUUCGAAUUAGUUUAUUUAUUCAAAAUAGUAAAUGUACAGAAUAUCGGCAAGAUAUCGGCUAUCGGCCUGAAAGUUCGCAGAUUAUCGGUAUCGGUAUCGGCUCUAAAAAAUCAAUAUCGGUCGAUCCCUAGUUUAGAAUACAGAUCAAAUUUAUGUUCAGUCCAUACCGGACAUAUAUUUAGAUUUUUUUUUUCUGUCUAGACAUAUUUAAUAUUCUAUUAUUGGUUAAUCUUUGGUGCAGAGGAUGAGCGUUAAGACUACCCUAACCAAUAUUUUACUAAACAAAUAAUCCCUUCUUAAUGUUUGUGUUUUGAUAGUCUGUCUGGAAUCUGAUUUGUAUCUGUGUAAGAUUCUUAAAGGGAAACUAUAGUGCUAUGAAUACUAAGUUGUAUCCCUAUCUCUAUAGUACUCUCCGUCCCUUGCGCCCCCAGCACUGAAAGGGUGCCUUUUGUCACCUUAUUCCAGUGCUGAUGUCCUGCGCGAAAUUAGGCUUCGUCUCCGCUCCUCCUAUGGGAGAGAUCUAAUGCACAAGCAUUACAUCACAUGAUCACAUUAGGACUUCCCCAUAGGAAAGUAUUGAAUCAGUGCUUUCCUAUCAGGUUUUAUCUGAUGCUGGAUGUCCUCAUGCAAAGAAUGAGGACGUCCAGCAUCAUUUAGCGGACCAAAAGGAGGAUGCUUAACAUAGGUUAGUUUUUCUAAAUGAGACAGUCUGUCAUUGAAAAGUACUUCUUCUUUCAGAAAGCUCUGCAGCAAGUUGUUGGCACCACCUUACAGAGUGAAAGCAAGACUGAAUGUCGUAGAACCAUAGGUAAGAGGUCUUAUUUGAACAUCUGGGGAUUUACUCACUAAACUCGGUAAUGUCGAAAAUCGAUAGUUUCACCAGUCUCUGUUAGUCUCCCAUCACCACUCUCUGUUGGUCUCCCAUCACCACUCUCUGUUGGUCUCCCAUCACCACUCUCUGUUGGUCUCCCAUCACCACUCUCUGUUGGUCUCCCAUCACCACUCUCUGUUGGUCUCUUAUUUUUUUUCCACAAAAACGGAUGGGUUUAUUGAACCUGUAUAUUUUGUUAUGUUGAAAUGGUAAAACUUUGUAGAUGUUAAAAGGGUGGCAUUAUUCCUGUUUUUUUUAUUUAUUUUAUUUAAAUAAUACAUUUACUUUCAUAAAUGCAUUUUUAAUUAAAUUUUUUACAAGGACAGUUUUUUUUAGUAAGUUAACUUCUUUAUAUCCUCUGUGUUUUGAAGGAGGGAGUUUGGAGGGGGGGUUGCAAAACCUUUAAUAUGUCUAAUGUAAUAUAUUCCUUUAUUUCCCACACAUUUUGUCUUCUGGUAAAAUGUGAUUGCAGUGGUUUGAAUACAUGAUGAUGAUGAUGAUUAUGUUCACUAAUUUCUGGUAUGUGUAAUAUUUGUUCUAUCAGAACCGAAACAGAAAACUUCAAAGCUUAAAAAGUCUUGUAAGAAGAGAGCAUUAAGGAAACCUGAUGGCUCUGGAGAGUCUAAGAUGCCCAGUGUGGAAAAUGAAAUCCCUGUAAGUAUAUUUAAUUUCAAUUUUUUUUUUUUUUUUUUUUUUUUACAAUUUUGAGUACACAUCAUCCAAAAAUAAAAAUCAGAAGCAUGUAAAGAAUGAAGAGAGAAUUUCAAUGUAUGCAAUAGAAGCCAAGGAGUAAAUUACAUGUAUGUUUUAAGAUCUGUCAUGCUAUCCUGUACAGAGCACAUUUGUGGUUUAGUAUACAGUCUGUCCCCUGACCAAUUACUCUAGCUUUGAAGUGGCAGCAUGGCAGUUUCAUUUCUUUCUUUUUUCUUCUUCAAUAAAAUGUGAAAUAAAAUAAAUAUAUGUUAAAUGUCAUAUUCAUUUUGGCUAUCUUUUGGCACUCUGGAAGUUGUUGGUUAGCUGUUUGUUCUACAGUCAAGGUCCAUAUAUUGCUGUUUUUCAGUUCCCACAACUAUUUAGUUCAUCCUGGUAGGGUUCUACAACAGGUGGUGGUUUGCCUUCUUGUCCGCCUCUUCUGAAGACCUACAACUGUAGAGCUAAUUGGACAGUCCUGGUUUGAUAUAUUCCUUUAUCUGUGUUGUAACUGUGUGGUCUGUUUACAGAUCCCAGAAGUGACAGGAAGUCUUUUAUCCAGCCUUGACAGUGCAUUGAUGUAUUUGGAAAAUAACUACAAUACCAUCAAUUCAGAAUCUCGUCAUGGCUCAGACACCGUAGACGCCCUCGACUUCGGAGAUCUGCAGUAAGUUUGAGAAUAGGUUUGCUUUUCUUUCUUUUUAUACCGGAAACAUAUAUUUAUUCAGUUAAAUGAAGAGAUAUUUUUACACAUAUUAUGUCUGUCACUACCCACCGCGCACACACUUGUCAGGGGAGUCCAUAUAUAAAUAAUCUUCAUUCUUUAUCUACCUAUGCUACUUAAUAUAACAAAUAAUGUAGAUGAAGCUAUUACUUAUCCUGCAGUAGAAGAAUUUCAGUUGAUGAUUUUCUGUUUAUUUUUUUUAAAUAUUUUUAUUUUUUUACGGUGUAGUAUGGAAGAAGAGAUGGAGGAAGUGGAGCUGGUAGCUGAGAUCCAGAUCGGUGACUCUGCGUCUUAUUCUAACAGUUAUUCAGGAAUCAUGAGAAGAAAUAGGCGUUGGAUGAAAUCAGGUACACAGUGAAUUAUUUGAAGAUGUCACUUUUCCUGCUCUUCUUUUUGAUUCAGUGUUUCUUUGUAUCCAUUUACGGCACCUGAGUUUUAAUGCCAUUUCCUGGUUCACUGUCAUUGCUGUUGUGUACAGGUGGAAUGUCAUUGUACCUUCAUGAAUCUUAUGCUUUCUUCUACACCUUGUAUUGGCUUUAAAUACCAAAGAUUUAUCUGUUUCUAUCACAUGUAUUACCCCUUAGAUGCCCUUCUCUUUUAUUUUAUUUUUUAAAUUUCAUUAGUAAUGUUAAUAAUAAAUUCUGAUCUAGUCUACUAUUGUUUCAUUAUGUCUUUGCUCCCGGAUCAGAUUAUCUGUGUGCUCAGUGUUUUUUUGUUUGUUUUUUUUUUUUAUUACAAAGGAAAACAGACUAAAUGACAUAUCUACUAAUAAAGUAUUAUGUAUUUAAAGCAGUGGUAAUGUGUUUUUAUUUUUUAUGGACAGACUUUUAAAGCUUUUGGAAAUUACAAAGAUUGUAAAACACAGAAAAAGGUGAAAUAGCCAGAGUGAUCAGAAUUCACAAACAUUUUAAUAAUAAAACUUUAAAAAGGUCUUACAGACCAAAAGAGUCCAAAGCAAAUUAUUUAAUAUCUCUAAAUAAACUCUAUCAUAGCAGUGCUGUAUUUAAUCUUUUUUCAAUGUUUGCCAAUGCUUGUACUCAUAUCUAACAUUUGAUUUACAGUGGGCCUAAGUUCCUCGAGGUUGCAGCUUGCAAGCAGGAAGACUUCUUCUGUUCCCCCAAAAUUCGGGACAUCUAUUGAACCUGUCAUUUGUCCUUUGAACUUAAAACCAUGUACUACAAGGACAUUACACAGAACUAGAAUAACAGAAAAGGGCUGUGCUGUACAUAAGCCUCUUAUUAAACGGUUAAGAACUACAGAUAGAACUUCACUGCCAGAGUACCCACAAACCUACCCCCCAUCAACAACUGUGUUACGUGGACUUCCUUGGAUUGUCACAGAUCCAUCCAAUGCCUUGUCUAAAUCUAGAGUACAGGAUCAUUUUUGUUCUGGCCGGACUACACUGACACAUGGCAGUGCGCAGACAAUUGUUAGAAAAACACCUGAUGCUCUAGUGACAUGCGGACUGGCUCUAGGAAAUGGCACUGAUGUAUCAAAUGGACAACAAAGACCUCUUGGUGGAGAGGGGCCCACAUCAAAUAACCAGCAUUCCCAACCUCCUAGUUCACUGGAAAAGGCAGAUUCUAGCUCAUCCUCUUCUUCAUCAUCCUCUUCCCAUAUGCCGGGGUUGUCUGCUAGUGGCAGUGGUGCCCAGUCAAACAGGUCCCAGGAUCUAGAUAUUUACGACCCCUUUCACCCGACCGAUGAAGAAAAUGUAAAUGGAGAUUAUUUAUAUUCCGACUCCCCUGAAAAAGAACCUGAGGAUCAGGAAGAUCAGAAAUAUGAUCCAUUUGAUCCGACAGGUUCUAAUCCUAGUUCUUCAGAGCACAGUCCAUCCCCAUAUGAGGAUGAGGAGGAUGAUGAUGAUGAUGACGACGAAGAUGAUGGGAGUGAGAUUCAUCCCGAGGAACGAAUCUCUGAAGCCUUGGCUGGUAUUUAUGAUGAAAAUAGUUUGAGCCAAGAAUUUCCUACUUCUGAAAAAUCAAAGGAAGGUUUUCAGUCUGUUGACAUGGAUAAAUGCCAAGCAUCAGAUGAUCAGGACAGCAAACCUGAAAAUGAUGCUAAGAAACCUGAACAGAGGCUUUCCAUCGAAAUGUCUGAAUCUGCUGGAAAUGAUAAUGCAAAUCUGGCAUUUGAACCAUACAGUCCCAGCUCUAGUAUAGAUCUAGAUAGGGUUGAUGUUGAAGAUAUUUCCAGGGAAGUAUCGGAAGAGAAAACUGCAAAAGAAACACUUGUUGCUGACUCAACACUGGACGAAGCAAAUACAUCAGAAUUAUCACUCGAGCCUAGAAGACGCGUCUUUACUGUGGAUGUUGGUAAGGAUUAUGUAAGAAAAACAGAAUUUGAUUCUUCUGCAGAUCCUAAAUCCAAGCUGGAGAUAAAGGUCUCUUUAGAGUCUAUUGCAAAACCAGAUAUGAAAUCCUAUUUAAGGUUGGAAAAAAUCGCCAAGCUUGGAGGAGAAUCACGGUCACGUCACAAACAAAAACAUUCUUCGGAAAAGAGAGACCGCGGUGAUGAUUCUGAUGGAAAAUAUGAUUCUGAAAUUGAAGAAGGAGAGAUUGUUCAGCCAGAUGAGGAUUGUUUUAGCCCAAUGCCUUUGUUUCGUAGUAGGUGUCGUGUCCUAGACAGACCACUGAGGAUGGUAGAAGGGGAUGAUUUUCUUUCUUUGCAUGCAGAUUCUGAUGAGGAAGGAGCUUUACAAAUUGACUUUGGAGAAAAUCAAAUGGAUAACCGAUGGAAAGGGCUUGAUUUGAGAAGGAAAAUUACAAACCAGCGCAGAGAAAGGUAUCGGAAAAAAUCUGAGUCUCCCGCAAAAUCCAAAAGACGUUCUAAGUCACGUUCUCCUUCUAGUUCACAUAGCCGAAAAAAAGCAAAGCGAGAACGGAAGAGGUCAAGAGAACGAAAGAGGUCAAAAGAGCCAAGAGCAUCUACAGCUUCAUGGUCCAAUACAAAAAAAUCGAAAGACCAGAAGGAUCACAAGCGUUCUCGGUCACGUUCUCAGAACAAGGUUUCUCGUUCCCAUUCUAGAGACCACAGAAGAUCACGCUCAUGGACACCUUCUAUUAGUACCAGCAUAUCUGCUGUAGACUCUUCUCGUACCUCAGCUGAAAGGAGGAAAAGCCGUAGAUCUAAAUCAAAAGAGAAAAGGCGUCAGUGGUCUCGAUCUGUUAGUACUGAACGGUCCCGAAAAGAUAAACACAAAGAGAAACAUAAAACAGAUGGAAAGAAAAAGAAAAAAAGGUCCCGGUCUCGAUCUAGAGAGAGAGAUCGUAGGUCUUCACACCGUUCAAAUGAUAGGAGGGAUAAAGACAAAUCACGGACAAGACAUCCUUUAGAUGAACCAAAACAUGAUGAUCCGCCAUUAUUGGAAAGGAGGAGGCGAGAUAGUCGAUCAGUAGUUCCUCCCUCAAUACAGGACCUUAAUAAUGCUGAUCUAUUUACUAUUAAAAGAACAAUUACUGUGAAUCCGGAGGAAAAACUGGAAGAGCGUGAGGACUUACUAAAUACUCCUGAAGUAUCAGGGAAAAGAGAGGUUCUGUAUGAUUCAGAAGGCUUAAGUUUCGAAACCUAUUCUGACCGUGAAACCAUUGAUGACAGAGAUGGUAAAUGCAAUAGAAUAUUUGAAAGGCACUCUGGGAAGACGGAAAGCAGCAAGAAAAGGAUACCUGUUGAAUUUGAAAAGAAACGGACAGAAGAGGAACGUGAGAGUCGUCAAAGAUCCAGCAAGGAUAGAGAUAGAAAAAGAUCAUACGAUGAUAGUAGCCGUGACAGGUACAAAAAACGAUUUAAAGAGGUGCCUGAUCCAGAACCUGAGCCCUUAAAACUAGAGAGAGAAAAGAUUCGUACAGAAAAGGAUAAAACCUCCAAAAAGUUAAAAGUGAGCCAUAAAGAAGGUAAAGGGAGUUCAGCCAGAAAAGUUAAAUUGCAAUCUAAAGUGGCUGUGCUGAUUCGUGAAGGAGUGAGCAGUACCACCUCUGUUAAAGAAGCAGGGUCUAUUGGUGUCAAAUUUAGUCGGGAUAGGGAGAGCAGGUCACCGUUCCUAAAAUCUGAAGAAAAGAUGCCAGAUAUUAAGACUAUUCGACCUAAGCUGGAAAUGUCUGAUAUAAAAGAACCUGUCAUGAAGCCCAAAAAACUUAAAGGCUUAAAAACAAAAACUGGCAUUAAAAAAGUGAAACCUGCUGGGGUCCUUGUGAAACCUAAAGGAACGCUUGAAAAGAAAAAGAAAAAAGUGAAGGUAAAGGCCUCCUUAAAGAAGUCUAAAGCAGAUAGCUGCAGCAAGGAACUCCCUAGCCCUAUCCAAGCCAAAGAUGAACCAAUAUGGUCAGACACUGAGAAAAGUGAGAGCAUUGUGAAACCCCCGAGCCCCCCCAAGCCAUCCAUCGAGCAGGAGCUCACCCCUGAUUCACAGACUGUUGAUAGUAGCUGCAAGACCCCUGAUGUGUCAUUUAUUCCAGAAGAACCACCUCUGGAACCUGAGCAAAGUAUUGACUUAGAGAUGGACAACAUGUCUGAGCCCAAGGAAGAAAUUUCCCGUCCUCCUCCUCCACCCCCUCCUCCACCACCACCAAUGUCUUGGAAUCUCCAGUCUGGAGUGGACUGUACCACAAGUGGUGUUCUAGCAUGUAAGUAUCUGCAAACAUGGUUUUGGUUCAUAAAGGUUUGUGUGGCUCAAUAAAUUUGAGACUUUCUAUUGAUGGGAGGAAAAUAAAUACGUUGUGUUUUGUUAUAUUUCAGAGACAUUCUUUUAUGUUUGUAAGGGCAGCUUUAAGAAUUUAUUGAGGUUUCCAUAGCUAUAGGAUCUGUUUUAUUUUUUACCGUAAUUACUGUAAAGAUAAGUUGUUGUUUCUUUUCUUUUUUUUCUUUUUUUUACAAUUUACAGUUUUCCAAGUUUAGAACUACUAUUUCCAUUUACCCAUGCCCAUGGAGGGCAUUCAUUGUAUGCAGUGAAAUCUAAGUAAGGAAAUUGUAUCUUGUAAAGGAGGGUGAUCAGUUUUGAAUUCCCCUUUUGUUAGAUCCCAAGCAAACUAUGUGAGUGGAUGGGACACACAACUUGGACUCUCAUAGCUCUGGAUCUUUGAUAGAACAAAGGCCUGGACAUUCAAACUAUAUAGGGAAACAGCUUGAGAUUCAGGAAAAGGGAAUGUGAUGGAUUUGAAAAACAAAUGUGUGGUUAAGCAUGUCAAGAGUGACAGAAGAAUUAAGACUAGUGAGGAGCGCUAAUUACCAUGUAGUUCGCCAUGAAUACUUCAUUAGACAAUUUAGUAAAGACCAUUUCAGUUGAGUGAAGAGAGCGGAGAGUUUAAAAGAGUGUCUUGGUGGAAGUUGGGAUUAAACCAGCUUUGUGGGUGUGUGUAUUAGAGAGAACCUUGUGAAGAGCAGUUGGGCAUAUGAGACAGUAAUUAGAAGGUGACAUAGGAUAAAAAGAGGGCUUUUUUGUUUAUUGUGGAACUGACAGUUGCAUGUUUGAGGAAUCCCCCAUAAGACUAAUUUACAAAUGAGUUCUAUCAAACUUGCUGCUGAAACUUGGUUAUUACCAUAAUCCAUAAUGAUUUUAUACUAUAUGGAGCCUUUCUGGCUGCAAGAUUGAGGCUACUUUAUAUAUAAAGAGAAUAUCAGGAGACCACACUGUAGGCUCAGUCACUGUAUGCUUGCCUGUGACUUCUUAAUAAGGGUUUUUUUUUGUACUCUAAUAAAAUUCUCUGUUGAAGAGAAAUGCAAUCAGCAGACGGAUAAAGAAUUAAUUUACUAAAGAUAGUCAAUGUAUCUAAAACCAUUGUGUAAUUAUUGCAUUGUGUUAGUGGAAAGUACAAAGUCCUACAGAGGUCAGGAUAAAAAAAAGAGGCCAAAAUGUAGGUACUGAGCAUUAAACUACCUGUUUCCUUUACCGGGCUGCUCAUAUUUACCUAGCUCUAUAAUUUAUUUGGAUAAAACAAAACCCGCCGUUUCAUUAAUCAGUAUUAAAAUACAUACCCUUAAUUAUAAGUAUUGAAGGUUGUUGUGACCUUUCUAUAAAUGCUGGUCCUUCUGUUGAAUGCAAAUACAACACUGAAAGGCAAGACUUUACCUAGCUACUUAAAAAUAAGCACACAACAAAUUGUGUUUUUUUUCCUUCUUUGUGAAAGGUUUUCACAGUUUUGUCGAGGGGAAAAAUUAAAAAAAUGAUCAUAUUAAGAAACCAAGUCAUUUCACUAGAGGGCACUCUAACCAUAACAAAGUUAUAGGAACAAUCCAAACACAAAGAUCGUUGUAGAUCGCUGAAGUGCUUUGUGUGAGUUUGUGCUCUGUUUUCAUUUUACAGAAGUGCAUAUCUCCAUAGAAAUCGGUCCUUUUCUAAAUCAAACCCUGAUACACUCCCUGGCUGCCACGAGGUGUUCCUUCCUAUUAAUUCAGCUCCAUGAUGUCUCUGCAGAGCAGCUGCUUUUGAAAGACAUCCCAAGUGUUAAUACAGCUCAUUGAGAAGUCUGUCAGUUAUUCACUAAAUAUGAAAAUUCCAAAUUCUGACAUUAACUAGACAAUUCUGUUUGGAAUUCGGUGAACCUGACCAAAUCUGCAUCAGUAUGCUGGAUGCAUUCAGUGGCUUGUGUAAAAUUUGGGAUUUUCACAUACAGACUCUAUGCAAAGUAUAGGAUUCGCCAUAACUACAAAGCACUGAUUUAAAAAAAAAAAAAAAAAAUUCAAGUCGCCACAGAAUGUAAAUUCAUAUUAUCAUUCAUUUUUGCAAGUGAAUGUAACUUUAAUAUUCGCUCACUGGAGCGCAAGCAACUAGCGAGCAUAUAGUUGGAUAAGUAAAUUGUUGCAAAUAAAAUUUUAAUUAAAAUAUUUUCUUUGCCUUCAGGAUUGGAUUAUAUGUAGUGUAUUUAUUUAUUUUGAAGUUAAGUUGAUCAUUUUGUGUAUAUUCUAUUGUAGUGACGGCUUUGCUUUUCAAGAUGGAGGAAGCCAACAUGGCCAGCAGGGCAAAGGCACAGGAAUUAAUACAAGCUACUAAUCAGGUAUAAGACUUGGCAAUAGGUCCAGUUUUUAAUUGCUUUAUAAAAAUUAUGUGGAUUAAUUAUACAUGCACACUUCAUAAAUUACAUGUGUUUAUUAUUUAGCCUUGUGGGUAACACGACAUUGUUUGUGAAAGCUGCACUUUCACCAGCACUUAGUUCUAAACACUGGUCAAGAAUAACAUGGUGGACAUAUGCAUCUCUACUAAUGCAUAAUCGAUUAUUUUUCUUGGUUUUAUGAGAUCUAUCAGGACAAUCCUGACCAAACGAAUGUACAAUACAUUGUUGCCUGUUCUUUAUAUUUUUAAGAUCCUCAAUCAGAGCAAGCCAACUACCUCCAUGGUUUCACAACCACCUGCUCCUCCAGUGAUGUCAUCCAUCAGCCAUUCAGCUCCACCAUACCUUCUUCACAGCAGUUUGCCUCUCAGCGGCAACUCCAGCCCACCUACACCAACUGGCAUGUCAUCGUUAAACGCCCAAACACUUGCUGGUCCCACCUCAAGUUCAUUUUUCAACACUACUUCCGUUAUUGACCUGGGGAAAAGAGAUGGCAGUACAAGUUCUGAGGGCAGAGGAGACACCGAUAAGGCAAGUUGUGUUAGCAGAUCCCAGUAAAGUAAUGUUACACUGAAUGCCCCAUUCGCUGACGUGAUCCUUUUUUGUUCAAGGGCACUAGCUUAAUGCUGCCCAUUGCUAAUGGAUAUAUUUUGUAAUAAUAUUAUAUGUUUACAUAUAUUAAUAAAGUCCAUGAAGAUACUGGUCAUUAACAAGGUUGAAUAGUAUAUUUGUUGAUAAUCAUUUCAUUUAGGUAUAGGAUCCUUAAAGGAAAACUUAAGCAUAGGCAUACAAGCUUUUUACUUACCUUUUUCCAGCAUCGAGGCUCCCACGGCGCUGCUUACCACUCUGCCUCCAGCUGCUUCAUGGAAGAGUCAUGGCUUCCACCACAGUGGUCCAAUGCAAUGAUCCUCAUAGAUUCACCCAGUGUGCAUGCAUGGGGAGUACCGCAAGUGUAUCCACACUCCCCCAUAGGAAAGUAUAAGCAUUGAAUAAUUGCUUUCCCAUGGCUGCUUCUGCGUCAAGAAACUCCGUGCCACUGAAGUGCUUCUAGUGGCUGUCAAGAAGCCAGCCAUUACAGGUGUUUAAACUGCAAUGUUUUACAUUGCAUGGUUAAAAGGACAAGAUCCAUGCGGACCACUUUAUUGAGAUGAAAUUGCCUGGGUGACUUUGGUGGACCUUUUAGGUUUCACUGUAAUACCAGUCAUUGAUUAAUGUGUAUAAUUUUGAGAAGAAAAGUAGCAGAAGAGCUGACGCACUAAAAUAUUCAAGAAGAUUGAAGGAAACCUUUUCGGUAAAGGUAAGUCAUAAAAUGUGAGAUAACAAAGUGUGAGAUAAAGGGCUAAUGGGUAAUAUAAUUUUUUCUUACUUCUUUACAUAAAUUUAUAGAAUAUAGCCUUCUCAUAGAAUUGGUGCAUUCUAGUAUUAUAAUGUGAGUCCUCAUCACUUUCAUUAAUAUCCCAAGCUUGUUUCUUUGGGGCCAUUACUGUCCGUUUGUAUAAUGCCUUUUUUUAUUUUUAUUAUUUUUAUUAUUUUUGUUUGUUUCAACAGUACCUGAAGAAGCUUCACACUCAGGAAAGAGCUGUAGAAGAGGUCAAACUGGCCAUUAAACCAUAUUAUCAGCGAAAGGAGAUCACAAAGGAUGAUUACAAGGAUAUACUGCGCAAAGCUGUACACAAGGUGAGUGCUUGGUCAUAUGAUCUCCAAUAUUGUGUGAAAUCCUGUAUGUAUAUCCAUAAACUCUAUAUUUCCAAUAACCGACUGUUCAUCUAAUUGUGGUUUAUUUUUCCUUGUUCUAGAUCUGUCACAGUAAAAGUGGAGAAAUAAAUCCAGUGAAGGUGAACAACUUGAUCAAGGCAUACGUCCAGCGAUACAAGUACUUCCGAAAACACGGCAAGAAAAUGGAAGACGACGAGAGCAGCAGCGGUUAUCGUGGGUCAAAGGACUCCGGGACAAUGGAAAAGGGUUUACCUCCUUUACCCUUAAUCUGA